CCUCAUGGACGCUUAUUCAUCAACCCCAAUGAUUUUCCAUGUGCCGUUAGAUAAACCCAGCAGUUCUUUUUCAGCUGUACAUCGAGGUUACCGAUCUGAGCUGUGAUGCUGUAUCUUAUGAGGUUCCCCACAACAGCUUGAUAAAAUAGGAAUAUGGCUUUUUGUGCAGCUGCUUUUGCAGUCUGCUGCAGAGGUAAUCAACAUGGUUGCACCAGGUUAGAGUUAUUUAAUAAAACACCUGACAGGAACUAACCUGUUUGAAGCUGUGAUUGUGGAUAAGCACAGACCCACGUCCUGAGUGUCGAGCACCAUCUCCUCAUUUUAUUUCUGUUCAGAAUCACACCAGUUGAUAAACUUCUGAAUUUCCUAAAAAACAGACCAAAACAGAUCUUGGUUCUUUUCCAGUAAAAAUUAAACAGCUGUAUUAUCGGAGAACUGAAUGAUUCAGUGGAUAAAAGCCUCUGCAGUCAUCAGUGUACAGGUGAACAGGACAGGUGAGCUAACACAGCCUUGUGCUGAGAGUCCUGCAUACAGAGAGAGUCCCGUUCAGAGUCCAGUACAGCCCUUCUGUGGAAUGGACCCAGCAGUCUGCAAAGGUAACAUAUCUCAGCCACUACCAGUCAUGCAGGUGGCUGUUAGAAAAAUCCAGAGGGUCCUUUUCAUUACGAAUAUUCUGUCACGAUAUCUAAAAACGGCCACGAAUAAAUAAACCGAGUGUUUGGGGACUUUAUGUGUUGAUCUAAUCACUGACCUCACUGAAAAGAACUAUGUAUGUUGAUCAGCUUAAAUCAAUAUCUCAGUCAUUCUAAGACUAUUCAUGUAUAGCAAACAUCAGCAUGAGCUGCAGCCUUUAUUCAGCUACAUUAGCUGUCACGGUUACUAUACUAUCAAAGUUAAACUGAAAUGUAGUUUAUGUAUAUAGUAGUUCCACUUAUAAGAAAAAUGAUAUUUUGUUGGUAUUAAAAGGUCCUGGAGCUGGACUUUAUAAGGAGGAGGUCAGCAUUCCUUAUGUCAGUUUCUACAUGAAGUCUGCAAACAUAAAGGCAGGUGUUAAAAAAUGAAAAGAAAGCUCAUUCACACCCACAAAUCUCUUCCCUAAAAGACCAAGUUUUCCUCUGAAAAGAAUAACAGCAAUCUGUUUUAAUCUUUUGAGGGACUUUGUCUCCUGCUGUCCUCCUCCUAUAAAGGAUGACCUUCGGUGGUAUUUAGCUGCUCGCAACAUUUAUUUGAAAUGACACAACGCUGCUAAUCAGCACAAUUACUGCUUGAGUCUUUUAAUGACACUCACAAAGAGAGGAUGGAUAAGAGGCUAGACUUGGACAUUUUAGAGAGUGGUUUGAGGACAGAGAGGCGAGAGAGGAAAAUGCUGGCAGCUCUGGUUCUACCCUCUGAGCAUUAAGCUCUCUGAUCAAAUUAAUGUUAUUAUUUACCUUAUAUUUAAUAAAUUCAAAAAAUAAAGCUUCCAGUCACUGUUUCGUGUUGUUGCUGAGAUGAGCAGAUGUUUCCUGGAAGUAAAGCUGGUUUUGCUUUAUGGCAGCCCAGAUGUGGAGGAGGAGGAUGCACCAUCCUUCCGAGCAAAAAUCAAAGACGCAAAACUAUUAUGAAAAAUACAAGUCUGCUUCUUGCUUGAUGUCUUGCCUUGAGGUGUUUUGACAUCCAAACAAGAAGAAGAUGAGGGGCUCUAUCAUGGCACUGAUCAUAAGGCUGCUCGUCAUCUCAGCUUUCACCCAUGCGUCAGACAGUUGCAGUGAAGAGGUAGCUCGUCUGCGGGAACAGGAGAAGCUACUGAAGAGCCAACUUCAGAAACAAGAGCUCCUCCUACGCAGAUUACAGCUGAAUCAACAUGCCGACAUGAACAAACCCCGAACUAACGAGAUCCAGGACACACAGCACGCAGACUGCUCCCAGAUCUUCAGUUCAGGCUCCAAAUCCAGUGGUCUGUACAGAAUCCAACCCCAUGGCAGCCCCUCUCCGGUCAAAGUCUACUGUGAUACGACUGAAGGAGGUGGUUGGACUGUAAUACAGAGACGGAUCAAUGGAGCAGAGACGUUUAACAGGUCCUGGGCAGAGUAUAAGGACGGUUUUGGAGACAUGAAUGCAGAAUUUUGGCUGGGAAAUAACAACCUUCAUCGUAUCACAGCACAAGGAAAUUAUUCCCUGAGAAUCCACUUGGAAGACUUUGAUGGUAAUCAUCGCUACGCAGAGUACAAGAACGUCAACGUGGCAGAUGAGAAGGAUCACUAUCGACUUACCUUCGGAGCCUAUGUGGGCACAGCUGGAGAUGCGAUGUCUGGAGGCAACCAGGUUGGUGUGUCAGAGUGGGCCACCCACCACGCCAUGAAGUUUAGCACCUAUGACCAAGAUAACGACAACUACAAAGGAAACUGUGCCCAGGAAGACAAAGGAGGCUGGUGGUUCAACAAGUGUCAUUCAGCCCAUCUUAACGGCCGGUACUACCCCAACGGGCACUACAGCGCUUCGACAGAUGACGGUGUGGUUUGGUACUCCUGGAGAGGGUGGUGGUACUCGCUGAAGACCACAGUCAUGAAGCUGAGACCCAUCGGCUUUAAGAUCGAUCCCAAUGCGAUUUCUCAAAGUCCAUCUUUCUAAACCACAUCCUCUUUGCUUUGGGCUGAGCAUAACUUGGCAAUUUGAGACUUAAUAACAUGAUAUUGAAACUGACAAACACUUUAAUCCACUUAAACUCCAUGUUGGCUUAUUAUCGGUGUGCAUUAGUCAACCCCAGUGACAGACCCCUAAUAAACACUCUUCAUAUGUGUUCAGUCUGCUUUAGGUGGGGGUACAGAGCAAAUAUAGAUUGAAUGAACCAAAUAUUUAACCAGUCGACUUUGAAAGAUGUUAUUAAUUAAAGUGUAAACAUUCCCAAAUGGUGAGAAUAAAAAAAAACUUUAGCUUAAAAGAGCAGGAAUUAGAGAUAAACGUGGGUUUGUGAAGAUUAUUUGCUUUUUUUAGACUUGCAUGUUGCAGGAGGAAUUUGUGUGCACACACAGCUGUGUUUGCAGGAGAAAAGGGAAAUCUGAUGUCAGUGUGUGUGCCAGACACAGGCAGAAACCCUGGGCUGAAGGCGGUGAAAGAAGCCAUUAUCAGUUCACUGUAACUGAGCCAAACGGGAAUUUUACACGAAUAAAUAAUUAAAGAAGCAUGUUCCAAAAUAACUACACGGGCAAGCAGUUAACUGAGAUUUGUCAUGGGAAUUUGUCAUAAUUUUAUUAAGAUUACCACAAAUAAAUGACCAACAGACAAAAUACAAUUCAGUGUCAUUUUACAUUCAUUUAAAAAUUAUAUUACUUUAUCUACAUCAGUAGAAAUUUACAAUCUCAGAGGGAAAUUCCAUUUUUUUUUUUUUUUUACAAAAAUAGAAUUAUAUUAUACCAAACAGACUUAUUUCUUAAAAUGCUAUAAGUUUUAUAAACAGUAAUCAAGCAUUCAUUUGUACGCUUUAGUUUCACUGUGAACAUACAGACGGCUCCAUAUCACUGCUGUUUGGCUUAUAAUCACGAUUUAAACAAAUAAAAUGAGCAAGUAUUUUGUGUCUUCUGAGUUAUUCAGUGAUGUGAUUUAACUGCUAUAACUUAUUUCUGGUAUUUGAUAUAUCUUUUUUUAUUUAAGUUUUUUAUUU